AUGCAAAACUCAUAUUUGCAGCUGGAAAGCCCUGGUAUAAUAUCUGCCAUUCUGGUCUCUGGCAUUGGAGGGACUUUCCAAUAUGGCUUUCAUAUUUCUGUGAUGACCUCCCCAUCUUUAUUUAUAAAGGAGCUGGUGAACAAAACAUGUGAAUACCGGUAUAAUCUGUACUUGGAGCAGUGGCAAGUCUCUCUCAUCUGGUCCUUUAUUGUCUCCAUUUUCUGUAUUGGGGGGCUGCUGGGGGCCCUCUGUGGUGGUCGACUGGCCUCAAAAUAUGGCAGAAAGCAAUGCCUGUUGAUGAGUGAUGUUUUGGCUAUUGGUGGAGCUCUGUUGAUGGUGCUCAGCAAAACAGCCAUAUCCUUUGAGAUGAUCAUGGUUGGACGUUUCAUCUAUGGAAUCAAUUCAGGGUGUAGUCUUACCGUUCACAUGAUGUAUGUGGUUGAAUGCGCCCCCAAGAGGUUGCGAGGGAUGGUGGGUGUGACCGCCAUUAGCUUUAUCUCCUUUGGGAAGCUUUGUGGUCAGCUGCUGGGGAUCAGUGAGUUACUAGGCACAGAAGACAGGUGGCCCUGGCUGCUUGGUUUCAGUGGUUUCACUGCCCUGCUCCAGCUUGUCACCCUGCCCUUCCUACCAGAGUCUCCCCGCUUCCUGCUACUGGAAAGGGGAGACCACAAGGGCUGUACGGAAGCUAUUAGGAGGCUAUGGGGCAACAAGGACUAUAGUGUUGAAGUGGAGGAGAUGUUGGAGGAAUAUGCUGCACUGCAGGGGGUUCACUACCACACUAUGAUGGAACUGAUCCGUAACCAGACAGUACGCUGGCAGCUCCUCACCGUCAUUGUUGCCUCUGUGUCACUGCAGCUCUGUGGUAUCAACGCUGUUUACUUUUAUUCGUAUGAUGUGUUCAGUGCAGCAGGGAUUCCUGAGCAGAAUUUGCGUUACGCCGCCUUGGGAACAGGGCUGUUUGAACUGUUCGGCUCUAUAGUUUGUUUCAUGUCUAUUGAGAGCACAGGGAAAAGGGUGCUGUUUUUCAGAGGUUACGUCGGCAUGGCUGUUGCUCUGGGUCUCCUAGUUAUCACUAUCUCCCUGCAGAAUUGGGUGGCCUGGAUGCCAUACUUUAGCAUGGUCUUUAUUCUCAUCUUCAUCUUCUGGUUCGCCUUUGGACCAGCUGGAGUAUCAGGCCCCCUAUCAGGAGAAAUAUUUGCUCAGUCAUUCAAAUCAGCUGCAUAUACCAUUUCGACAACCAGCAACUGGUUAUGUCUGUUCUUUCUGGGCAUGCUCUUUCCUCUCAUGGUGGAGCAUCUUAGCUACUUUUGCUUUCUCAUAUUCCUGUGUUUCUGCUUGUUCUGCGCGGUGUUUUUGAGGAUGCAUCUUCCUGAGACCAAGAACAAGACCGUCCUGGAGAUCACGGCGGAGUUCGACAGGAUGCACUCCAAAUCCAGAGGAGCGCAGAAGACCAGCUCCAAUGCACACACACCAAAUGCAAUCCAAAUUUAUGAGACCAAACUCUGA